ACAGUACAGCACAGACACCAUGAAGAACCUGUGCCAUCUGGCUACUUUGCUCGUCUGCCUUCAAACGGUCCUGCUGAAGGUCCCAGGUGUUGAAAAACAAACAAGAGGAACAAAACAAUGAAUAUAUAAACAUGGAACCGCCGAAGCACGCCUCUGGUAGAAAACGAAGAAUGCAAUCUGAGCAUCGUACAUAACCCUACGCUGUAUAUAAAAUUAUCCAUGAAUGUAUGUAAGACGUCUCCUGAGGUUACAAGAGCAACUCAGGAAAGUCCCUGAUGAAACACACAUCUCUGCUUCCUUCCCAUCCUUUGCAUUGAUAAGCAAUGAAAGUUAGGUUUGAAAAUAGAAAGUGAAUACGGUAUAAUUCUAGAAACAGCUGCAUCACACUAGGAGGGGGAAAUGGGCAAAUACUACUAGAGUCCAGGCCCCCAAUAGCCCUUUCCAAAUCUUUCACUCUAACAAGGUGUUAUAUUCUCUCAGCACAAGUGUUUCAGAUGUACCUUGUUGGUGUUUGUAGCUCUGUUGCAUGCAGCUGAAUUGUUAAGCUUUAUUCCACUUCUCUUUUUCCCACCCCUUCCUCCACAAACCAAUCUGGUGGUGAAUUGGUGUGCUGAGGCUCUCUCAGGCCUGGGCAUCUACAGUCAGUUACCACACGAGCGAUAAUGAGCCUCUUCCUUCCUUCCCUCUCAUGAAUAUUCUACACUCAAGGGAAUUAUCAGCUGUUUCUGUGAUCUGCUUUCCAUAUCAUUCAACUAACCUGUGCUGCAGCCUCACCAAGCCCAGUACACCCUUCCUUAUGUAUAUAUCAGAACAGAGAGUGCACCAUAAAUAGCAGUAGGUGAUCAUUUGAGCCUGCUGUGCCAUUCACUGAAAUCAUAGCUGAUCUACCCCAACACCUUCUGUCAAUUCCUUUCGAAAGUCUAGAUGGCUUCCCCUGUGCCCUUUCAGAUAAAGGUCACAGUCAAGGAUCCUUUAGGAUUUGUUUUUGUAUCUGUUUCAUAGCAUUUAAUGAAUUGCCUAUUUGAAAUUUCCAAAGAAUUUUACUUAGUGUCCCCUAACUUAGAAAAUACUCUGAUCAUCAAAGUCCAAGAUGGAGCCAUAAUGAAUGCUUCGCACCACACACAUUGAAAACCAUUUGUUAUAGUUUUGCUUUAACUGCACUCCCACUGUGGCAUAACAUCAUGCAGGAUCCUGCUCAAUGAAGCCUGACUUACCACGGGGUACUGAACACCAAUAGAAUUGCACCCCAGAAGAGAAAAUGCUUUCAGAAGAUACCAUUUGAUAGAAGAAUAAAAAAGUGCAUGAGAAACUAGAACUGAAAAUAUAUUCCCACGAGGACAUGGUCACCCGCAUAGUAGUAAAUCUCCUCAUUUCUUUGCCCCAGAGUGCGCUGGAGGCCAGAUCUUUAGAUAUAAGAUGGAGAUGGAUAACAUUUGAAAGAUCAAGAAAUUAAGAAUUCAUUGAAACUAGCAUUGAAGAGGAAUUGAGGUCAGCAUAGAUCAGUCAUAAUCACAUUGAAUGGCAGGACAGGUUUAGGGGCUUGGCAGCCUUUUCCUGCUCCAAUUUUCUUGCGUUCACUUAACAGUAAAUUUAGACACAUCCUCCCAACAAUACAAUAGAAAAUGCUAAUAAUGUAGAUAUUGAAAAUCUGAAAUAUAUAAAGACAAUACUGGAAACACUCAGCUGGUCAGGCAGCAUUCGUGGAGAGAGUAUGCUUCAAACUGAUACAUUUUCAUCAGUAUACACACAGGAUGAGUUUGUGUUUUGCUUGGUUAAUGAUUUUAACCAUGCUAGUGUAGCCACUGUUCAUGCAACAUCAUGCACGCACAUGGCUCUGCAUGUAGAUUUAUGUGAUGUCUAAUUGUGUUUUUCUGCUUUUAUCUUUCCUAUUCUUGCAAACUUGAAAGUGUGUGUGUGUGUGUAUGUAGCUGUGAGUAACAUGGCAAAACCUGAGAAGUUGAUUUUAAAAGUUCUUCUAAAUUAUACAAUGCUUGUAAAUACAGAAACAAUGUGCUGUAUAUUUGUUUAGAAAUAAUCCGGUUGUUAUAGCGAUGGUCUAUAAUCAAGGCACCCUGUACCUGAAAGCUCACUGCUGCACACCAGUGUGCUACAAGCAGUCAAACCAGAUGAGCAGUGAUAGACCAUCUGCCGACCCAAAAACAUGUCCUACAGAGCGAAAUUCUCAGUUAAUCAGGGAGCUAGACCAGAUAUUCACAGGAGAAUUCCACCACAACAGCUUCACAACGGACAGAGACCAAUGCAGACAUGGAAAGCUAUGAAUACUGCUUCAGGAGCACCCAGCCACUUGGCCUUCAAAGCCAAUUCAAGACGUGCCUUGUUCAGUGCUAUCGUUGAUGCUUGUAAAUGACAAUGCUUUUCUUCAGCCAAGUCACUUAGUUUGCUUACAUAGUAAUUGCAAAUCUUAGAUAUCAUUUUCUCCACAUACUAAUGUUGAACUUCUCCUCAGGACUGUAAACUUGCACUGAUUAUUCCAUCAUGCACAAACCAAUAAACAGAUCUUUGAGUUUAACCAAAUUCCUCUAUUUCCUUGGACAAACACAAAUAUGGGACUACAGGACACAUAGAAUUCAACGAAAGCAUUUGUGCAAUUCUAAAGAAGUUGGGGGUUUAUCAUUACCUAACUUUAUAUAUUACUACUGGGCAGUGCAUAUUAAGAACAUAAUGUACUGGCUGGAUAGUUCCACUCAGCAGUUGGAGUGGAUAAGAAUGGAGAAAGAGGAGUGCUAUCCGCACGAUAUAGGAACGAACCUGCUCUCACCGAUAAAAUUGAAUAGUAUAAUAUAUAAGAAGAACCCAAUUAUUCACAAUAUAAUAAGAAUUUGGAAACAAAUAAAAGUAUCCUUGAAAUUAAAUAAUUUAUCAGUACUAACCCCACUAUUGAACAACCCCGCAUUCAAACCUUCUCUCAUCGACAACACAUAUCAACAAUGGGAUAGACUGGGGAUUAGGAAAGUAGGGGAUAUGUAUGAAGUGGGCAAACUGUUAUCAUUUCAACAAUUAAAAUUAAAAUUUAAAUUGAAGGAUAAUCAAUAUUUUAAAUAUAUACAGGUAUGUGACUUUAUGAAGAAAUAUACACAUAGAUUUCAAACUAUAUUUUUAGAUCCUUUAGAAGAAGCAAUGAAUAUUAAGGCUGAUUCACAAAAAUUAAUAUCAUACUUUUAUAAUAAUAUAUUAAAUAGAGAAUCACCCUCGACAGAAGCAUUAAGGGAAGAUUGGGAACAUGAGCUAAUGAUAAAGAUCUCGAAGGAUAGAUGGGAAAAGCAUUUGAUGAAUACACAUAACUGUUCUAUUAAUGCAAGACAUAAUUUAAUUCAAUUCAAAUUAUUACAUAGACUAUAUUAUUCAAAAACGAGGUUGAAUAAAUUUUAUCCAAACGUCUCUCCCAGAUGCGAUAAAUGUUUGUUUCAAAACGCUAAUAUAACACAUUCAUUUGUAGGAUGUACAAAGUUGAAUACAUUUUGGAGUGAUAUAUUUGAUAUAUUUACAAAGCUUUUCAAGUCAAGAAUAGAACCCAAAACGGAAUGGAUUAUAUUUGGAAUAAUAGGAGAAGAUACCAAUUUAAAUAAAGAUCAAAAUGUUUUUUUUAAUUAUGGGUUAAUAAUUGGAAAGAAAUUGAUACUUAAAUUUUGGAAAAAUACAACCACACCAACUGUUAAAAUGUGGAUUAGGAAUAUGAUGGACAUAGCACGCCUUGAAGAAAUGAGACUCCGACUAAUAGAUAAAUAUGACCAAUUCUUAAGGAGUUGGUCUCUUUUCAUCGACUUUUUGGAAUCAUGUGAUGCAGCGGUACCGUAAAGAUUGCUGAUUUCAGUUCAUGACGCGGAUAGAUCUACAUCUCCGAAUACAGAUUUGAAAAAUUCUCUUUUAAGGGGCCUUCUCUUCUAUUUCUACUUUCCACUUUCUCUCUUCCUUUUUUAUUUUUUAUAUACACACUUCACGUUUUUCUACUCCCUAUCAUCUAUUUUUUCACUUUUUCCUCUUUCUAUUGUUUUCCUUUUCUUGUCUUGCUUACUUCCUUCUCAUAACAUAAAACUAGAGGUUGUACAUAGAAUGGAUUACGGUAUUACAUAGUUGGCACCUAAAAUUAGGUUCCACUGUACUGUUUUGUGCGGUAUUAACUUCUAAUAAAAAAAAUUUUUAAAUUAAAAAAUUAAAAAUUAAAAAAACAUAGUAAUUGUAAAUCUUAAAUAUCAUUUUCUCCACAUACUAAUGUUGAA